GUCAGCGCCCACGGUUUAAUAGGGAGGGCGCAUUUGACAAGGGGCCUGCCUACCGCUAACAUUUGUUUGCCACUCCUCCAUGCAGUUUAUCCUAUGUGUAUAGAAGAAUUUCAAAAAGCUCCGCGAAGGAGUUCGUGCCUCUUGUGAUCGUAAUAAACAAUAAAAAUUUUAAAACGCCGGAGAGAAGACGUCAUGGACGUCGAAGACGAAAAUAUCAGCACGUUAAUGGCCAUGGGAUUUCCGGACAUCGGAGAAAUCAAACGAGCUUUACGUUUAGCCAAGAAUGAUCUAAAUGAAGCAGUUGCUAUCCUCACCAAUGAUCAGUCAGUGUCAUCUUAUGGACCUGUUGCUGACUUAAACAUCGAUGUUGACAUGAAAGAGGUAGCUGGUGUUUCCAAAGGAUCCAGCGAAGAUGCUUCCGUGUCUGAAAGUGGAAAUGAUGGCUUCCCUGAAACCCACCUGUAUGAAUUAGAGUCUAGAGUAUUUACAGAUCAAUGGUCUAUUCCUUAUAAAAAGGAUGAAAGUUUGCAUAAAUGCUUAGCAGCUGCGACAAAACUAAUAGAAGAAGGUGUUUGGGAGAAUGAUGAAAACAUGCAGAGGUUUUUGAAUAAAUGCAUGCCAGAGGCAUUCAGAAAGUUGUUAAAUUCUGGAGCAGUGCAGAGGUGGAACUCUGAAAUUCAAAAAGGAAUCUAUAAUAUGCUGGAGCUAUUCAUAGAUCUUCUUGUUGUUCGCAUGAAGCACAAACCAGUUCCUGUUCAAAUGCUUAACCAGGUAUUCUCACUUGCCUGUGAUUUAGACUGUGAAUGGAAUUGCAAGAAUAAAGGACAACAGAGUGAGGAAAAACACUGGGAAGAUUUAUUUGGACCAGGUGAAAUAUUUGCAAGGUCGCCGGAAAAUUUUAAUCAGGAUCCAUAUGGUUGGCUUGUGGACCUUUUGAAUCAUUUUGGAGCCAAAAAUGGAUUCGGCAUGAUGCAAGAUAGUUUUGAAGAAGAUCUUGAUCCAGUUUCCAUGGCUGCGAUAUUAAGACCAUUAGGAAACUGUGCCGAAUUGUUAAAUCCAUCUGCUGUGUGUCCCAUGCUUACAAAAUGUGUGGAGUAUGCUGUUAAUCAUGUUACGAUGAUUGAAGAUAAAGAUUUAAAAAACAAGGAUAUCGGAGCUGUCCUUGAACUACUAGUUGCGCUAAAGUUACUCUGCAAAUGUUUAUGGCCUGACCUUGCUGACAGAAUGAACAACAUUCGCCUUGAGGUGAUCCUACGCAUGCUGAAAACACCUCAUUUUAGCACACGAAUGAAUGCUCUGAAAGAAGUUUCAAAGUUAGUGGAGGAAGCUGAAUCCACGUCGCCAAAGAAAUCUUCUAUUCCAGGAGAUCAGCUGGCAGAAUGGUUGUCUGAUCAUCAGGUGUUGUCGGUUGCUCUGGAAGGCAAUAUUGACCACGUACAGUACACCGAUCGGAUUAAAGGUCUUGUCGAAUUUUUGGGUCCACGCCUAAGCUCGGAUGAGUUGAGUCAAAUCUGGGCAAUGGGAGAAAAAAGUUUUCAUGUCGUGGAUAAUCUACAUGGUGUUCUUGCCGCUGCUGCUCCCAAACUUGCCCCGGCUCAGUUGGAUCAUUUGUUGCUGCUCGUUCAAGAGAAAUGGCAGCGCAAUUCCAACGAUCGAAUGAGAGAAAAGUUACUCAGCUUUCUUGGCCAGCUUGGUAAAGAAUGUCGAGUAUCUAAAACGGGUUCAAAGAUAUUGGAAACAUUAUGGGAUUUAGCCCGCUAUACCGGACUUCCAUGUCACUUAGUUGAGAGAGCACUCGAUGAGCAUUUGAGUGUGUUGGCUGAAAUACCGAACAAAGAGCAAUUAAGAAAAACAUAUGUUUUGCGCUGCAUCGACGAUUUGAAGAAAGGAAAUCAGGGUACACUCCCACUGCUUCGUCAUUUGUUGAAUGUUGCUCGGAGCAUGGUAAAAGGGAGUGGGACUUACCACAAACCUGACAAAACUGCUUUAGCAGAGUGGAACACUAAUCACGAAAUUGUUAAACUAUUGCUAGUUUCACUUGGAAAGUGCCAUUCUCAGGCAGUUGCUUCAGCUAAAGUUUUGUCUCAGUCCUUAACCCAAGAGACGAUUGCGGAUACCAGAUAUGGGUAUCGACAUGGACAGCUUAUUCAAGCUCACCUUGAUUUGUUGCAAUUACUAUUGAAGGAAGCUGACUUAUACCUUCCGUGGGCUAGGUGCAAGGAAUUGUGGGACACUCUUGUGACAAACCCAGAUGCAUGUGAAGCUGACAGAGAGUGUUGUUUUCAAUGGUUUGCAUCGUGCUUGGGAGACAUGCAGCCUGAUACGCAAAGUGCUCUUUUCCGCGAAAAAAUUUUGAAGAGUAACCCUGCCCAACUUACUCUGAGAGGUUUUGAGUGUGUUAAAACUUUCUUUGAAUCCGUGAAUGUGUCGGAUGGCAAAAUGCGAAGAUUUGGAACACAAGCGAUGGUUGAAAAAUUGGACCCUAUUGGCACUGACUAUUUUUGGCAAGUAGCUUUGGAGUCUCCAAAUGAAGACUUAGCAAAAGAAGCCAUGGGGCAUAUUUUAGAUAUCUCGUAUUUACAUCUUGCUCCCCGGAUGAAAAAGGAUCCUGCGACUUUGCAUAAAAAGUUUAUUAAUGAUUGCUAUAAGCGAUUAGAGACCCAAGUUCCAUGUUCCAAAGCCACAUCUUCAAACACGCCUGCAAUUUCUCUUGUUCAGCUGUCGUCGUUGACACCCGACAAAAAAUCUGGUUGUCUUCAGCACAUCAGGCGGUUGUUAGAACUUGUCGAAAAAUAUAUAAGUGUCAUAGAAGAAACCCAUCCAGCUCCAAGAACAAUUUUGCCUCAUGGACUAUCAUUUAAAGGAGAACCAAUAGGAUUACACAUAAAAACGGAAGAUUCCAAGACGGACAUUGAUUUACUGGUUCAUAGUCACGAAACGGUAUGGGCUGUCAAACAAAAGAUUGCAUCGCUUCUACGCCUCAACGCCGAACAAAUUACUUUGGUCAUAGGCGAUCGCCCUUCUCCUCUAGGUCGAGAACAAAAGUCGUUGAGUCAACUCGGUUGUACGGACAAGCAAACUUGGGUUGUUAAAUCAACGUCUGGGGCUGGGGCUGUGUCUGGUGGUGCGCAGCUAACUGAGUUGAAAGAAAAUUGGGAUGAAUUGCCAAACACUCCAUCACCCGUUGUUGGAGCCUCUCCUUCAGAUACGGUUGAAACCGAAAUGGAAGAGGCAUCCAGCCUUAGCACAUCGAAUACCUCCGCUGCUCGAAUGUCUUUCCACAUUGAACAGGAGCGAUCCUUGCCUGGCAUUGUUAUGGCUAACGGUGGCCAAGUCUUUACCAUGCUUUAUCAACUUUCGGAAAUUGAUGAUCUUAAGAUUCAAGAAACUAUUCGAAGGCUAUUACAUUUGAUUCCGACGGAUCCUGCAGUCCUAGAAGUUCUGGAAAAAGUUGCCUCGAGACGAUCUGCUGCGUCUGCAUUUUCGACCGCUGCUUCGUUUGACGUUGAUAUACGUCCACGGCCUUCGGUUGGAAGUUUAAAUGCUCUCAGUGCCAGUAAUACUGCUUCAACAUCACCAUUUGCACGUGCUACUGCACCCACAGUUGUUGGCCAUGCAGCUAUUGCGACAUCACCGACGAAAAGCAUACCCUCACUUUCUAUUUCUCAUAAGCCAAGUGGGUUAGCUAGUAAUAUACGCUCUGCAAGCUUUCGCCGUGCGCCACAACAACUUUCAGUUGCCGAUAAGAACGAUUCUAAGGAAUCUGUGGAGGACAUGCUCAGAGGAUUACUGAAUCCAACAGCUCCACUCAUGUCUCCUUUCCGUGUACUUUAUAAUCUUGAGGUUUUGUCUGGACGAUUAAUGCCAACAUUUUUCGACAUAACUACCCUGAACAAGACCAACGUCUUCAAGCAAGAAUUUCUAUUGGCUUGUGGAUUAAACUUCGUGUCUCGAGUUCUUCGCAAGGAUUAUUUUUCGCAAGAUGUCAACUAUGAAAUCCGACAAGGAUGCUGCUUGAUUGCUCUUCAAUUGGCCCGCUUUUUGUUGUGUGGUGAAGUUGAUGAAGCAGCUUCAAGUAUGGCAAUGAAAACCCAAAUGACUCCUUCCAAGUUGCAGUUAACGCCGACGAAAAUGACGCCUACGAAAAUUUCACCUAUUCGUCAGACUACGCCUAUUAAAAUUCAACUUUCUCCUGUAAAGCUGCAAUCCGUCACCACUUCCUUGAGCUUUUCGUGUAGCCCCGUCAAAGAAAUUUCUUUGGAAACGGCAAAAGCAGCCUUGCAAGUAUUGCAAACCUUGAGCGAAGCUGAAUUUCUUGAUAUGAUUUCCUGCUUCGUUCGCGUAUGCUGGGCAGCCGCUGCAGGAAAGUUGUACCUCGCCGCCGCACCUGGGUCAUCACCUUUGCCGAACAAGGACGGUGGUGGUCAGUCGAUUGAUAGUGGCACUGGCACUGGCAGCAAUAUCAGCGUCGCAUCAUCUCUACUCAAUCCCGGCAGACGAAGUCGUCAGAGUAGUACGGGUAGCACAAGUAGCAGUAGCAGUUGCGGAGAUACCGAUACUGCCGGUCUGUACUUUGGGAUUUGCGCUUCCAACAAAGAACUCUGCAGCAAAGAUGUUCUCAUUGCCUGUGAAGCUCUUGAGUUGCUGAUUACUUGUCUAGAGGUGCGAGGGACAAAAGAGCUCGCAGCUUUUUUUUCCUUUCCCUAUGUUAAAGAUUUCAUCAUAGAUAUACUUCUUGGUUGUGCCAGUUCAGAAGUGCGAGACAAAGCUUCUGCUCUGUUUUUUAGACUUAGCCAAGCACAAAGUCAGUCCAGUAAACAUCCACUAACUCAGAUUUUAGUCAAAGCUCCAGUCCCACUAUGGAUAACAUCGUGUACAACGCGAGGGGCAUCGCAGCGACUGUUAUCGCAGUGCAGUCAAUAUUUCAAUUUGCGGUGUCGACUCUUGUCAUCACUGACGGUAGCUGAUCAGCGCAGUUUAGGACUAGUGGCUGUAUCUAUGCUAAACGAUGAAGUUGGAUGGCUGUCCAAUUUCACUCCGUACAGUGGAACUUCAUCGAUCGAGAUGGAGCAAGCCGACAAUGCCUUGCUAGCUGGUCAUUUAAAUGUGGUGAGAGGACUUCUCAACUGUGAUGGUGUAAACCGAAAAGAAGCAGGGAAACUAUUAAUACCAGACCUUCUUAAUCAAUAUCUCUUUCCGGCAUCAAAAUUAAUUGCCGAAGGAUUAAAACGUGCUAGUUUCUUGUCUACUCCAACAAAUAUUAAUCCUAAAUGCAGUCAAUCGGAAUCGCGUCUUGCUGCAUAUGCAUUGAUCAUUGAGUUGGUUGUUGAAUGUAAGGAGAAUCUUGAAGCUGUGGUCAAACAACUGAUAUCCAUGCACCAUCGAUUCAACCCAGAUUUGGCUAAAGAAUUUGAGUUUGAACCAGCAGUGGAAGGUCGAGCGGCCUGUAAUUUCGUGGGGUUAAAAAAUGCAGGCGCAACUUGCUAUAUGAACUCUGUAAUCCAGCAGUUAUAUCUCAUCCCAGGCAUCAAAGAGAGCAUUUUGGCAAUCGACGAUGAAGAUUCGGACGAAGACACGCUUUUCUUCCAGUUCCAAAUGGUCAUGGGACACUUACAGGAUUCCAAACUUCAGUACUAUGUGCCAGAGAAGUUCUGGCGUUGCUUACGCCUUCGAGGCCAACCUGUCAAUGUUCGUGAACAACAAGACUCUUUUGAGUUUUUCACACACUUGGCUGAUAGUAUUGACGAACAUCUUUUCAGAAAUGAGCGUGAAAAACUUUUUCAAAACACUCUUGGUGGCGUUUUUAGCGAUCAAAUGAUUUGCAAAGAAUGUCCACAUCGCUAUGAAAGAGAGCAAAUUUUCCUUGCUCUAAAUCUGACAGUGAAAAGUCACAAUCUACUUGAUUCACUGGAGCAGUUUGUUAAAGGAGAACUUUUAGAAGGAGAUAAUGCUUAUUUCUGUGAAGAGUGCGGCGUAAAGAGAAAUACAGUUAAACGCAUGUGCAUCAAGACAUUGCCUUCAACCUUGGUUAUUCAGCUGAAGCGCUUCUACUACGAUUGGGAUGCAGGAAGGUCACUCAAGUUCGAUGACUACUUUCAAUUUCCAUGGGAAUUGGAUAUGGCACCGUACACGUCAGAAGGCAUUCAAGAGCGAGAACGAACCGACAGUCCUGGUGUUGAUGUUACUACAGCAACUACAUCUAAAAAUCGCAAUAGUUUGACUUUAAAGAGUACGCGUAUGUCUUCAAGCAAUUACGAGCUUGUUGGCGUCGUUGUACACAGUGGACAAGCCAGCGCUGGACACUACUACUCCUUUAUUAAAGAAAGAAAACGUUCGGAAGAUCGUUCCGGUCGUAAUCGAUGGCUGAAAUUCAAUGAUACAACCGUUGAAGAAUUCGAUAUGAAUGAUACAACUCUUGAAGCUGAAUGCUUCGGUGGAACUUACAAAGCAAAGAGUUAUGAUACAACGAAUGGAUUUCCGGAAACACGACAGCGAUAUUGGAACGGCUAUAUUCUGUUUUAUGACAGAAUCGAAGAUCCCAUGAAAACUCCACGAACUCCUCGUAAGGGAACAAGCAGCUCUGGAGCAAAUUCUAGCAUUGUGACUAGAAGCCGAUCUUUCCGAGCAGCAGGAUCCCUAUCCUCUACGCCUAACAAACUUUCAUCAGCUUCGAUUGGAUCUGUUCCGCAACGUGACAGUUUAAGCCAAUUGUCUGAAUUGCUGAACCACGGUGAAAGGCAAGGCCUAUUUGGAGGAAAAAUGCCCGCCCAAGUGCAACAAGCAGUGAGGGAAGAAAAUCUUCGUUUUUUGAAAUCUCGGGACGUUUACUGUCCGGACUACUAUGAAUUUAUCUACGAAUUGUGUCAAGCCAAUGCAACCAAGAAGACUGCAUCCAAUUCAUGUGCAGUACCAUCCGUAAAUCUUGCCCUUCACUUUUUGUGCCACACUUAUUUACGAAUUCGAGCUAAAGAAUCCAGCCGCCUCUCUUCUUGGGUCGACCUAAUCAAUAGCUACACAUCAUCUUACAAAGAGUGUUCAAUGUGGGCCAUUGAUUUUUGGUCAGGGGAAGAAGGAACUAAGCAUAUUCGAUCCUUUCUGCUGGAGUGUCCUUCUCGAAAUGUACGCCACCAGUUUUCAAAGAUAUUGGAAAAUUCGUUGUCGAGUUUUUUUAGUCAUGGAGGGGAGACGAAUCAACCGUGUCUAAUAAAAUUACUGGAAUCGUUGCUGUCCAUGUUGGAUAAAGAUGUCCCUGAUAAUUGCAAAACAUGCUCGCAAUUUUUUUAUCUUCUAUCAACUUAUGCAAAUAUGGGAGUUGACCAGUGUCAACAUUUAUUUCAACUUGGUGCUUUCCGUAAGCUCCUCGUGUUUCUGUUGGGAGCAGACAGAGUCGGAUUCAAUCCUCCAUCACCAGUUUUAUCCCCCCGAGAAAAUAAUUCGAAGCCAACACCAACCGGACAAAAAAGUCUUGCCAUACCUUUGCCAGCACCUUCCCCUACCUCUACACUGCAAAGAAGGUGGAGUCAAACGCAGGCAAAGGAUUUCCAUGAUCUCCAUACAACACUGGCAACAAUGAUCCUUCAUUGCGAUUUGCAAGCCCAAAAUUCCAGCAUCACAGCCUGUGACAAUACUGGUAGGCUUCCUACACCACCGGAAGUAACUUCAGUGCUGUAUGGACAAAGUUCCGUAUUUUACUUUCAGGAAUUAGUCGUUGCGUGUUGCCAUUUAAAUAACAUAAGUGGUGAAUCAUCAUUGAUCCGAAUGCUGUUGUAUAUUGCUCGGGGACAGCUGGAUUUCUCGCGGACUCUGCUUCGUGAAACAUUGCACCAGUGCGCGGUUGUUUCGGCUAGUGAAUUGAAAAAUUUGGCGCAGCUUCUCCAAGAAAUUUUGGUUUUGGAGGAUGGUCUGCAGUUUAACCGACUUCAGUGCGUUAUUGAUGGUUUUACUGACAAGGACGGCCAGUCUGUUGAAGGCGUUUUAGCCUUAAUACAAUCGCAACAAAGCAACGACAGCAGGCGGGCCUAUCAGCUAAUGAAAUUUUUAGUUAGUCUUGCAAAUCGCCUUCAAAUUGCAAAAGACUACCUGUUGCAAUCACCAUGCAAGUGGCAGUGGUCAGUCAAUUGGUUGAAGCAAAAGAUUGAGCAAAGCUACUGGUCACCCCACGCUGAUCUUAGCAAUGAGAAUUCCAACACACGAAUAUUUCAACGAACAACAUCUGCUCAGGUUACAUUGGAAGAGGCUACAGCACUUCUGACCGAGUUUGAAUCGUCGGACAUGGAAACCGAAACGGAUCUUGAUUUUGGGUUAGCGCAGUCUAUUGAAACUGAUGAGAUAUCUACUACCCAAGAAUCUACUUCUAAAUCAAAGUGUCGUUUUAGCUUAGGUCCCUCUUGAAUUGGCCACGAAGCUCACUUCAAGUUGGGUAAAAAAUGAUGCUAGCAAUUGUCGAUGUUGUGAAUUUCAUCAUUCUUGUCGACAAAACGCAUUUGCCUUUUGUUAAACAGUCCGAAUCCUCUCCCCAAAACUGUCUGAACAUGUGCCAAUUACAUGUCCGCCUCGGUUAAGACACACGGAUGUGAAACCCUUUCUUUGAAGCUACGAAUUACCUUCUAAGUAAUGAAAAAAUACAGUUUCAGUAACUAAUGA